UACGUUCUGGUGUAGACUAACAUGUCAAACAUUUCGUUUUUAUAAAAGAUAAAAGGAAAAUGCAAAUCCCGACAAAUAAGGAGUUAGAACGGAGGAAAUAAAAAAAUAUCAAGCCGUUUAAUCAAUAAUGUAUUUGCCGCUCUGUUUCCAUCAUGAAUUACGAUUGAUGAUAUACUUGGUCUAGUUUGUGGCAACUAAAGGUUAUAACUCGGUAUUUAAUGGACAUACAGGGAAUUAUCAGGAUUUAGAUAGAAAGUGACACAAAAGCAAUAUCAAUUUAAGAAGUUGCAAACUAUAUAAAACGAGAUAUAAGAUUGAGCUUUAUGAUGAUAAUAUAAAACUGUAGUUAACUCUAUGAAUGUUAAACACAACUAACAUGUCCAGUAAAUCAGUAUCUCCAUCAGAGUCUACUUCAGACCAUUUAGAAGAAACAAAAAACGAGAUCAUUGUUCUUCGUACUAAUGAUCUAAAGACUACUAAUAUUGAAGAGCCAAGUCAAAAUUCAAAGAGAGAUGAAGUGUUCAUUGAAAGUAAUGCUGGUGAUGGUACUAGAAGAGAAGAACAAUACGUCACUGGCUAUAAACUUGUGAUUUGUAUUGUUUCAUUAUUAUUAGCUAUGUUUUUAACAACAUUAGAUCAAACUAUUGUUGUGACUAUCAUUUCUACAAUCGGGAAUAAAUUCGAUGCCUUUGAUAAGAUUAAUUGGUUAAGUUCUGGAUUUUUAUUAGCAAUGUGUGUGGUUACUACCAUUUGGGGUAGGAUUUCAAUCAUUGUUGGAAGGAAGUUAACAUUAAGUGUCGCUAUUAUUCUUUUUGAAGCUGGUUCAUUGAUUUGUGCGUUAGCAACGAGUAUGAAUAUGUUAAUUGGUGGUAGAGUGUUAGCCGGUAUUGGUGGAGGUGGUAUCCAAUCAUUAGUAUAUGCUAUUAUUUCUGAAAUCCUUCCUGUUCAACAGAGAACAUUUGGAAUGAUAUUGAUUGCACUUACUUAUUCAACUGCAUCAGUUAUUGGACCAUUAGUUGGUGGAGCACUUUCGAAAAUAACUUGGAGAUGGUGUUUUUAUAUCAACUUACCAGUUGGAGGAAUAGCAUUUGCUUUCUUACAAUAUGCAUUCAAUCCUCCACGUCCAAAGGGGAAAAUUUUGGUUAAGUUCAAAACUAUUGAUUUCAUAGGUGUUGCAAUGUUGGCCAUUGGACUUGUAUUAUUCUUGCUUGCAUUAAGUUUUGGAUCAUCAACUCAAUUCAAGUGGGGUUCAGCUGCUGUUAUUUGUACACUUAUUUUCGGAGUUUUAUUCUUAGUUAUAUUCUUUGUUUGGAAUCUUAGAUUUUCACAAUACCCCUUGUUGGCACCUGAUAUCAUUACAGACUUCUAUUGUAUUAUAUCUGUAUUGACUGUCACAACUACAUUUGGUUUUCUCUUUAUUAAUCAAUUAUAUUAUUCGGUUUAUUUUCAAGUGAUUCAUGGUUAUGACCCUUGGAAUUCAGGUUUACAUCUCUUACCACUGAUUAUUGCAUCAGUUACAACAUCCAUACUUUGUGGAGCAAUAUUCCCAAGAGCAAGAUCAAUUAAGCCAUUUUCAAUCUUGGCGGGAGUGUUUGGAGUAGUAGGAAACGCUAUAUUGACGUUUUUAGAUGUUAAUUCAUCAUUAGGACAAAUUAUUGGUUUCUUGAUUUUACCUGGUAUUGCAAGUGGUAUGCAAAUGCAAUCAUGUAUUAUGUUAUUCACGUUAAGUUUACCAAAGACUCCCGGUAGCACAAUUAUGGGAACUACUUUUUUCACUUUUGGAACUUCUAUUGGUGGAUCAAUUGGAGCAAAUUUAGCUACAUUGACAUAUACAGAAUCAUUGAAAUCGAUUUUAACAUCAGCUAUGAAAUCAGAAACUAAUCAAGCCAUCUUAGAGGAAUUAAGCUCAGUUAAUAUUAACACGAUAUUAGUUAAUACGUCACUUAUCAAAGAGUUAACUCCCGAAACUCAAUACUUUAUCAAGACCCUAGUUAUGAAAGCUAUUAGAAAUGUGUAUCAUUUAGGUGCUGGAUUAGCUGCAAUUGCGUUAAUUGCUUCAUUAUUUCAAAAUAAUAAAGCUAUUCCAAAGGAGAGUAAAAGUUCUGAUGAAGUUGAACUCAAAAGUAAACAACAAAAACAAGAAGAGGAAAAGGAGAAAACAAUAGAUAGUAAUUAAAAAUUUACCCCAUAUAUUGUAUAUAGAUUAAGGAACCGUUUCCUGUUAUAUUUAAUAAAGCAUUAAUAAUUAUUAGACCCAAUGACAGUAUUGUUGUGAAUACUUUUGGUACUAUUUUAUGUGAAUUAUAAACGGCUCACUGAUAUAUAAUCCAUGUGAACUGCUUUGGAUCAUAGAAGUAUUUCGAUGAUGUAAAACUACCUCCCAACCAUAUUAAAGUCUAUUAAGUAUCAUUUACUAUAUACUUAAGUUUUGAACACCUACUGUAUAACUUUCACCAUGAGAUCAACAAUCUCUACACAAUACAAUAUCCGAGUUACACCAAUUGAACA